GAAUGGUAACAAACUAAGAUUAAAAUAAAAUAAUAAUGGCGCGUUUUUCGCGAGUUUUUCUUACCGUUGUAAUCGUUGUUCUCAUAAAAGCAGACGAUGAUCUAAGAGACUUUGAAUUCAGUGACCCUGAUGAGGUGAUGAUUGCGCAGGAGUCGAGACAGUACCAGACAGUCGUGAAGCCUCCUAUCAAGAUAAUAAAGCCUUCAGGCGUGAUCAAUUCUCAUAGACCUCAGUAUAACUUGGACUCAUUCGAGGAUCGAUCCCAUGAUAUACUGGAUGACUACAAUAGUGCACCUCGUAGAACUUUGAUAAAAAAUUAUAAAUCUUCGAAUAAGAUAAGAGCUAAGGAAGGUAUGAUAAAGGACGCUGUGUUGAGGGCGUUGGAGAGGAAAGAUCAUGUGGGCAAAUUUGCACAGAUUCUGCCCAUUAUCAGGGCUAUGUCGGGGAACCAGAGGGUGGCUUUUGCGUCACUCGUGGCAAACCAAGUUAGCACCCCGCCUGGUAGAGCACCGCUGAAUCUAGCUCAGGUGAGAUCAAUGUUCGGUAACAAUGACAAUACCACAGACCUAAUGCUACCCAUACUCUUAGACAUGGCUAAUCUUAUUCGAAGAGCGGUCAGGUCGGGGAAGGAACCAAGAGAGGUCAAAAUACCGUACGAACCAGCACCACCACAGUUACUCAGACGAUCAUUCACAGAAGACACGGUUUACGAUGAUGAACCAUUUGAAACGGGCGUAGAACUCACUACCAUGCGAUCUCGUAGAAUAUUACCAAGGAAUCACACUAAUAGAGUUUACACUGGAAACAGAGUACAGAAUGUGAUACACAGAGAAACUAAUAUUUCAAACCGUACACAUGAAGUAAGUACACCACAAUGGUACAAAUUCAGGAACACAACUACGCCAUCAACAACUACUUCAGAGGCAACAACACCAAUGUCAGUGACGAAGAUAAGCAGCAAAUACACGAACGUAUCGCGACUUGACAACGGAACAUUAGACUUGAUGGCAGAGUCUACGAACCAGACGCUGGCCCAAGACUUGCCGGUAGCUGAGAAGUUGAGGGCACUAAACAGAUAUAGUGAUAGAAAAGGAGCUCAGUUCCGUCGCGGUACCUACCAGCCGAAGCCCCCAGUUCGCCGCACUACGCCUGAGCCAGCCUCGCCGAUCCCACAGUCCAUUGCCAAACGCCGACCAACUCCAGCGAGGAAGCUCCCUGUAUCAGCUGCUGAUCCUAACAAGUGUGAACUGUUUACCAAUACGCUGUGUCUACACUCCGAGGAUUACCCCACUGAAGCAAUAGUAUCAUCAAUAAGACGCAACAAGGCAGCCGCGGCGGCUCUGCUGGCAGACUACAAGGACCCUGGGGAAGGUGUGGUUGAUGGAGUCACAGCCGCACAGGAAGCUAAAUAUAAUGAGCAGCAUUACUUUGAAUCUAAUAGGCGAGGCGACACAGCGAACCGUGACUUCGCUGGAGCUGGUGAAGCAGGGUUCAUGUGUCCGAGCACUGUGAAGUACGCGCGGCCGCAGCGAGCUAGAGCCACAUCAGGCCAAUGGAAGUACAUCGUCAACACUGGGGAACACACGCAGACACUGCGCUUGGAGAAGUGCUUAAAACCAAAAGAAUCGUGCACGUACUUGACUGACAACUUCAAGUCAAAAUGUGUUCAAGUUUACAACUACCAUCGACUGUUGACUUGGGAUCAGCAAAAUGGUCUUCAUAUGGAUAUUUUCAAGGUUCCAACGUGCUGUUCCUGUCACAUAGAAGGAUACAGCGUGGCCUUCCCACCUCUUGGCCAUCGACUGCACGAAACAUCCUCCGAACACUUCCCCGGAGAAGACCUAUCGUCAGAAACUGGAAACCAUGCUUUUGAAGCUGUACAAGCAACCGUACAUAAACCAAAAAGAAAAUUGCCCCCCGUUAGUAACAAAAAACCUCUAGAACCAUUCCCGCCAUUCACUGAUAACCAGAAUUUAAUAUCUGGUAUUCCUUUCAGCAAACAAAUUGACCAUGAUGAAUCACCGGUAAACCCUGUAGAUUCUUAUGGCAACUCUUAUUUCCCGGAUUCAUUUAACCAAGCCACUUCAGUCAGACAUAUUAAAAGACCUCUAUUGGCUCGUAACCCUCCCAUCCCACAACCCCAAUCUAACUAUGAAGAUGUAACUUUACCAAGUUAUUUGGAACCUCCAACUCCAGCCGCUGCUUCAUCGUUUAACUUUAUCAAGGACACCACACCAAAGUAUAAGCUACCAGGGAGCCAGUUCAAAAGGACUACCAGACCGAACCUACCAGGACGAAGACCGAUAAGGAAAAAGAUUUCAGGUGCACCAGACGAUCUCGUAUCAUCAGGAUCACAAACCGUUGAGGCGUUUCCCAGCAGUAGUGCAGCAGAUACAAUAGAAGACAACAGUGAUUAUGAGGAGCCAGAAAUCGGCCAAGCCACUUCUGUUAAUACGCCCAAACCUAGAAUAACUAUUGGUCCGAAACUACCAGCGCUAACAACAGAACCAACGCUUCCUGGACAGAAAGCAAAAGAAGCUCUGCAUAUUAAUGAACAAUUUAAUUCUAAUGGUCAACGAGUGAACUAUAACUACCAUCCAAUUAUUGACUUCUUUGACGAAGAUAAAGAAACAGUUGAAGAUGAAUCAAUAGACAGAGAAGACGUCGAACCAAGCUAUCAACCCAGCGUAGAGUCUGAAUGGAAACCCAUUAACAACCCACCCACAAGAAAUACACAACCGAAUAUUGUUGGUCGGCAAAAACUGAAAUAAUAGAUGUUAAAAUAUAAGAUUAGGUGAUGUUACAAUAUAAUGAAUAAGUAAGUGUAAAUGAUGAUAUUAUUUAUGAUUUAAUCAAUUGUAUAUGUAAGGUAUCAAUCGAAAUGCAUCAUUUUUUAAGACGAGCGAUUGAGACGAUAUGUCUGCUGGUGUAAUAUUUGACAAGUGCAUAAAACAUAUUUUCUUUUUUAGAAGACUAAAUAGUUGUAUUGGACAUCAUGCAAUGACACUUGAAGUUAAAAAAACGGGGCGACGAGCCUCUUCAACGACAGGGUUCAAGCAUAAUUUGAUUGAUAACUCAGAAAAACGAAAGGCAGACUGAAAUCCUCUUAAGGACACAUAUUGCAACAGCCAAUUUCUUAUCAGUCUUGACUGCUCGUCUAUAAAAUUCUUCCAUACGUAAGCUAGUUCUUAUACAUAAUAAUAAUUACUUUGAUAAUGCGAAUACUUACGAUGAUCGAACGAAACCAAAACGAAUUGAAAUGUUAAUAAUUCAUACUGUUAAUAUUUAUUGUUAAAUUAUUUUUUGUAAUUUAUUUAAGUUAAGCUUGUUUGUAGUUUCAUUAUUUGUAAGAUUUCAAAGACUUGCCACUAAAAUAAAUAGAAAAUCAAA